UAUACGUCCGAGCAGCGGACUCCGGUCGGUACUUGGAAUAAACGGUAUUUCUGCCCUCUGUCCGUCUUUAUUAUUAGCGCUUCGCUCCGCCCUCCUACCUGUAAAUCUCCCCGCUCUCCUCUGGAGCGGAUCUGACAGGCGCUCUCAGCUGGCCGCUCCGUGCCAGGGCUGCAGGGGACCGAAUGGAGACAGCGAUAACCACCCGAGCGCCAGCCCUUUUACGCAGAAUUGACAACGAAAACGCCCGCAAGAAAACAGUCUUGUUCUCUGCAGUGACAGCUACACACCUCUAGAAUUAAAUUAGAUUCAUGUGCACUUUCUCCCCAGCUUUUCCAACCUUUUUUUUUCUUUUCCAGUCCUCUCACAUUCGAUUGACGCUUCAAGAAAAUGAAAUCGAUUCUCCGCCUGUGAAUCGACAGGAUACCUGAAUGGAAGACGGCUAGAGGUCGACUCGCUGAGAUUGGGCUGCAACAAUUUUCCCCGGCGCUGUGUUUACAUUAACCGAAAUAUCAGUGGCAGCCUCGACGGCUGCAAACGAUGCCGUCUCUGCCAUGGCAUAUUGCGUGAAAGAGCCAGAGAACCCCCUUGGAAGGAGAAGCGCCUAAGACUCGUCAUUAUUGCGGAUUUAAAUGCCUCUCGCCAAAGGCCACCGACCCGCUGUUUUGGAUAGGUUCGCGUGUGCCGUGUCUCCUUCUGUCACGAACAAACAAUUCACAGGCUUGUGAAAAACAGAAAGAGACUUUAUCGGGUGGGUUAACAUAAUCUACAGCAAAGAGGGAGAUUUGUUUUUAUUUUUCCCAAGCAAUAUGGCUGGUGAGUGGGGCUGGGGACGCUGGCACAGGCUCUCCAAGGCUCCUAAAUGCUAGCUGAGGCAGAUGGCACGGUUCCCCAUGGAAGCGACAGCUCUAUGAGGACAAGCAAUAUCAAUAAUAACAUAAAUCCGGACUCUUCGAUCUUAAUAUCGAGGAUGGCAGACGUUGUCAUCCCGUACUCGUCCGAGGUGCCCUGCGACAAUAAUGGCCAGCGCAUGUGGUGGGCAUUCCUCGCCUCCUCCAUGGUGACGUUUUUUGGGGGUCUCUUCAUCAUUCUGCUAUGGAGGACCCUCAAAUAUCUGUGGACUGUUUGCUGUCACUGCAACAUUAAACACAAGGAGGCUCAGAAGGUGAACAACCCCGCCAACAAUCAGGCAGCCGACAGAGCACCAAAGGGCCCUGAUGAGAAGGAGGAGGCGCCAGCCAAUGAAGUGGGAUGGAUGACUUCAGUCAAAGACUGGGCCGGUGUCAUGAUCUCCGCUCAGACACUCACUGGCAGAGUUCUUGUGGUGUUAGUCUUUGCACUCAGCAUCGGGGCCCUUGGAAUAUACUUUAUAGACUCCUCAGAUCCUAUAGAAUCCUGCCAGAACUUCUACAAAGAUUUCACGUUACAGAUUGAUAUGGCCUUCAACGUAUUCUUCCUUCUUUACUUUGGCCUGCGGUUUAUAGCAGCCAAUGACAAGCUGUGGUUCUGGCUGGAGGUCAACUCAGUGGUUGACUUCUUCACUGUUCCUCCUGUGUUCGUGUCUGUCUACUUAAACAGAAGCUGGCUUGGUUUAAGAUUCCUGAGAGCACUAAGACUGAUACAGUUCUCAGAGAUUUUGCAAUUCUUAAAUAUCUUGAAAACAAGCAAUUCCAUCAAGCUGGUGAACCUGUGUUCCAUCUUCAUAAGCACAUGGCUCACAGCUGCUGGAUUCAUACAUUUGGUGGAAAACUCAGGGGAUCCUUGGGAAAACUUCCAAAAUUCCCAGUCACUAUCAUAUUGGGAAUGUGUCUACUUGCUGAUGGUGACUAUGUCUACAGUGGGCUACGGGGAUGUCUAUGCAAGAACCACCUUGGGGCGCCUCUUUAUGGUCUUCUUCAUCCUUGGCGGUUUGGCCAUGUUUGCCAGCUACGUCCCUGAAAUCAUAGAGUUAAUAGGAAACCGCAAGAAAUAUGGUGGUUCCUAUAGUGCGGUUAAUGGGAGAAAGCACAUUGUGGUCUGUGGUCAUAUUACCCUCGAAAGUGUCUCCAACUUCCUCAAAGACUUCCUACACAAGGACAGGGAUGAUGUCAAUGUAGAAAUUGUUUUUCUCCAUAAUAUUUCCCCUAAUCUUGAGCUGGAAGCCUUGUUCAAACGCCAUUUUACCCAAGUAGAGUUCUACCAGGGAUCGGUUCUCAACCCUCACGAUCUGGCCCGAGUGAAGAUCGAGUCAGCAGAUGCCUGCUUAAUCCUAGCCAACAAGUAUUGUGCAGAUCCUGAUGCUGAAGAUGCCUCCAACAUCAUGAGGGUCAUUUCCAUCAAGAACUAUCACCCCAAGAUCAGAAUAAUCACACAGAUGCUGCAGUAUCACAAUAAGGCCCAUCUACUGAAUAUUCCAAGCUGGAACUGGAAGGAGGGUGAUGAUGCUAUCUGCUUGGCAGAGCUGAAGGCAGGCUUCAUUGCGCAGAGUUGUCUGGCCCAGGGUCUGUCGACAAUGCUAGCCAACCUCUUCUCCAUGAGGUCCUUUAUUGAGAUCGAGGAGGACACAUGGCAGAAGUAUUACCUUGAAGGAGUGGCUAAUGAGAUGUACACAGAGUAUUUGUCCAGUGCCUUUGUAGGCCUCUCCUUCCCCAUGGUCUGCGAGCUGUGUUACGUGAAACUGAAGCUGUUGCUUAUUGCCAUUGAAUUCAAGUCUGAGCAGAGAGAGAGCAGAAGCCGAAAGCGCAUUCUCAUCAACCCGGGCAACCAUGUCAAGCUGCAGGAGGGAACACUGGGAUUUUUUAUCGCUAGUGAUGCCAAAGAAGUAAAAAGAGCAUUUUUCUACUGCAAAGCUUGUCAUGAUGACAUCACAGACCCCAAACGGAUCAAGAAGUGCGGCUGCAAGCGACUAACGGAUGAAGUUAGACCGCCUUUUCAAAACAGAACACUUAAAACCACCGGCUGCAUCUCCACCUCCAUCACCUCAAAUGUAUUCCUUCCCAAUGCCCUGCACCCCAGCCAGGACCCCCUGGUCAGCCCUGGCACAGUCAACAUCUCUCUCGUUAAUAACCGUAAAGGAUGCCUGCUCCACAUGCGGCUGGGGCCCGGGGACGACCCCUCGCAAUUGCGCUUCAGUAUCUCGGGUCCAGGAGACGUGGCGACCAGAUCCCUGGCUGAAAGUCGACUGAACCGGGCCCGCAGUCUGCCAGUGAAAUACCGCUGCCACCCCAGUAAUGCCAUGCUGCUCAGUCACAGUAGGCACUUCGAAGACGAGCAUCCGUCAACGCUCUCGCCCAAAAAAAAGCAGCGCAACGGAGGGAUGCGAAACUCACCCAACUGCUCUCCCAAAAUGAUGAGUCGACACGAUCCCCUUCUAAUUCCUGGAAAUGAACAAAUUGAGAAUAUGGACAUGAACGUGAAGAGGUAUGACUCGACAGGGAUGUUUCACUGGUGCCCUUCAAAAGACAUCGAAAAAGUCAUCCUGACCCGGAGUGAAGCCUCCAUGACAGUGCUAAGCGGCCAUGUAGUGGUCUGUAUAUUUGGGGAUGUCACGUCCGCUUUAGUGGGGCUGCGAAACUUGGUGAUGCCUUUAAGAGCCAGCAACUUCCAUUACCACGAGCUAAAGCCUAUAGUUUUUGUGGGCUCGCUGGAUUACCUUCGGAGAGAGUGGGAAACUUUACACAACUUCCCCAAGGUUUCCAUCUUACCUGGUACACCAUUAAGUCGGGCAGAUUUAAGGGCUGUCAACAUCAACCUCUGCGACAUGUGUGUAAUACUGUCAGCCAAUCAGAACAAUAUCGAAGAUGCGUCUCUGCAGGAUAAGGAAUGCAUCUUGGCAACACUCAACAUCAAAUCUAUGCAGUUUGAUGACAGCAUUGGGGUCUUACAGGCUAAUUCCCAAGGUUUCACGCCUCCUGGAAUGGACAGGUCAUCUCCAGACAGCAGUCCAGUACAUGGCUUCGUGCGUCAGGCAUCUGUCACCACCGGAUCCAACAUCCCCAUCAUCACAGAACUAGCUAAACCUGGCAAACUACUGCCAUUGGUUUCACUCAGUCAGGAAAAAAAAAGUGGAACCAGCAUACAAAUGAUAACAGAGCUGGUGAACGACUCAAACGUUCAGUUCCUGGACCAAGAUGAUGAUGACGACCCAGACACAGAGUUGUACCUCACUCAGCCCUUCGCCUGCGGCACCGCCUUCGCUGUCAGUGUACUCGACUCCCUGAUGAGUGCGACAUACUUUAAUGAUAAUAUCCUCACGCUGAUUCGAACGCUGGUAACAGGGGGAGCCACGCCAGAGCUGGAGGGUCUGCUGGCUGAAGAGAAUGCUCUCAGAGGAGGCUACAGCACACCGCAAACUCUGGCCAACAGAGACAGGUGUCGUGUCGCCCAGCUAGCCCUCUACGACGGGCCAUUUGCUGACUUAGGGGAUGGCGGCUGCUACGGAGAUUUAUUCUGCAAAGCACUGAAGACAUACAACAUGCUGUGUUUCGGAAUCUACAGAUUAAGAGAUGCACAUCUCGGUGCACCAAGCCAAUGUACAAAACGGUAUGUGAUCACAAACCCUCCAUACGAAUUUGAACUGGUGCCCACCGACCUGAUCUUCUGCCUAAUGCAGUUCGACCACAACGCCGGCCAGUCCCGGACAAGUUUGUCCCACUCUUCCCACUCCUCCCAUUCCUCCAGCAAAAAGAGCUCAUCCGUGCACUCCAUCCCCCCAUCGAACCGGCAGAACCGCAGCAGCAAGACCCGGGAGUCCCGCGAAAAACAGAAUGCAACAAGGAUGAAUAGAAUGGGCCAAGAAAAGAAAUGGUUUACAGAUGAACCAGAAAAUGCCUACCCAAGGAACAUUCAGAUCAAGCCCAUGAGCACUCACAUGGCCAACCAAGUCAACCAAUACAAAUCCACUAGUAGUCUGAUUCCACCAAUCAGAGAAGUUGAAGAUGAAUGCUGAACACCAGGCUUUCUUGCUGACUCACCAGACAUCUGUACGCUCUUUACGAAAGAGAUUGGAAGAGAUCACCAAAGGAGGGAUGAUGAUGAUGAUGAUGAUGAUGACAGAGGUGGUGAAGAUUGACACAUUUCUCCUCACUCAUUCUUCUAAUUGAGGGUUGGACAGGAACCCAGACUGGGAAGGGACCUCCUAUGUGUAUAUGUUUAAUGUUACUUCCAUGCUCUUGGACAUUUGUUUUAUUUAUUUAUGUGUCCAUAGAAAUGUACAUAAUGACAAUCAAAUAAGGAUUGUACAGCUCCUUCCCUCUAGCACUUUUUGGAAUUAUUUUGAGAGUUGAUGGAAAAAAAAGAAAGAAGAGUACUUCCUGUAAUUCUUUGCAAUAGUUCACCUCUUCAUGUGACCAGACUCCAUGGCUGAAGUGACUGGUUACUGGAGGAUGAGGGUUGCAGCGAUAAACUGAUCAUAUCAUCUCCCAAAGAUUAACUCAGUUGCGUCACAUCAAACCGGCUGGGUUCAUCGCCGUCAUAUCUCCCGUCUGCUUCUGUUCUAUUUGCACUAAAACUGAACAAGUUUCUUUCCACAGAACAACUGGAAACAUCAACACCCCCCACCUCCCCACGCCACCUCUGAGUAAAGAGUCAUUGAGGAGAUGACGGAGGAAGGGCUGCUCGGCUUUGGAGGCAUACUAAUUUUGUUCUCAGUUUGUUACUCAUCGUGUCAUUGCUUUAAGGUUUUGCUGUUUCACCUUGACUCGCCAUGUUGAGUGAGAUCAAUCCAGGCCUGAAAACAAAAAACAAAAGAAAAGGAAAUCAAAUAUUGCAAAUUGGUAAUCUAAAAACUCGAGACAAGUGCAUGCUGGCUGGAAGGAGAGCCCGAGUCUUCUGCUGAUGUGUCAGAUACCUGUGCUUGAGCCCAGUAGAUGUUGCGGUUAAUCAGCCUGAAUACAUGAAAAGGAUAAAAAAAAAAACCCCAACAACAACAAAACCUGCUCUGUCCUUCAUGCAUUCAGGUUUAUGUAUAAACUGUGUGUAUGUGUGUGUCGUAUUACAGCCACUUGUCCUUCUGAUGCUGCACUGUCACUCCCCACCAACACUGAUUUGUAUGUGAUGAAGCACCUUUGAGGGAACAGCAUGUUUGAAAAGAAAAAAAAAGAGUCAUAAUAGACACAAACAGUAGGAGAUCAUAAAUCACUUGGAUAUUCUAACAAAGGCAUUGAGUUGCAUCCAAAACCAAACCAAAAUAGCCAACUAUGAUUGAGCGUAUCUAACAUGAACAGCAGCUGCAUGGCGUUAUAACUGUAACAGCACUGGGAUCACUCAGCAAAGUGGUGUAUUGCCUGUAACAUAAAGUUAAUAUAUGAGGAAAGAAAUGCCACAUAUUGCGUAAUAGUGGGCAUCAGUGGGUCCUCCUUUGAUCGGAGCAACUGCCUGGCACGGGGUUGGCACAGAGGCAGUAAAGAGCUUGGAUGUUCUCUGUUGCCAGCCCAGAUGUCGCACGCCAAGCUGCUGUGUUCAGUCCUCGAACACGAGGAAAUGCUCAAGCAUAGUUGGUGGAAAUGCAACAAAUGCCACAGGCAUAAGGACAAGGAAGUGGAACGUGCUCGGGUGCAACAUGAGUGUAUUUUCUGUAUGCUAACGCGCCUAUAUAUCCAAAUGAGGCUGCUGCAUGGACGGAGGAUUGACCCGGUAGCCUCGUACUCCUAAUGGUCAACCUUGUCCAAGAAAAAAAAAAGUAGUGGGAUUUAUACAUUUCAGCAUAAUUAUUUUAUAUCCAUAAACAUAAUCAAUUUGUACUUAUUUUUCUAGUCAAGAGCAAAGUUAAAAGUACUUUAGGAGAAGACUGAAUUGAUAUAUUUAAUUACAACUACAUAUCAAAAGAUUUUAUGUUGGACUGUCACUUUGUCACGUAUACUAAAACAAAUGAUUAUUUUUGUAAUCACCCUAGCCCCUCUCUGACAGACUGCAUCACUCUGGAGCUAACAUAGCUUAGACUAGCUUGCAUUGUGAAAACAUCUUCAGCUUGGCAGCUCAGCUCUGUUGAGUGCUUGUAGAAAUAAAUUUAGGCUAAUCGGAAGCCUCCUUUGGUUGCACAGAUGCAGUGUCUACUAAAUAAUGUGUCUACUACUAAGCGUCCCUUGCUGAGAACAUGCAUAAAGGGAAGAAAGGCGUAAAGGAGUUGUGUUUUGGGGGAGAGGGUAAAUGUACUUAACUAAGCAGUGGAUUAGAAUGGUUAAUAAUGACGGGAUGAAUAGAAAGUUUCUCCCACUGUGUGCAGACCAGAACCGAACGACCUUUAUUAGAUGACUGUGACCUAAAUUAGGUCCCUAGCAUGGAGUAGGAGUGUGUACACUACCACAAAGUGUGCUGGUAUUUUCCACAGAAUAUGACCGGGAGACGCUGUUUGUUUAUUGCAGCGAUCCUGCUCUAUAGAUUGUAAAGAGAACGUCAUUCUGAAAAUAGAAAACAAUUUUGGAAAAUGGAAAAGAUGAUACUGUGCUAAAUAUGUUUGUGUAAACUCAACCCAUGAUAUAGAUGACAUUUCUUUCUCAAUCAAAAUGAUCUGAGCCUCAGUGUCCGUCUUUUGGGUGUGGUACAACUAUGCUGAAGCCUCAUACACAUUGUCCUGAAGUGAAUUUUUGAACUGUGAUUACAUCGUUGUCACACAUUGUAGCAAAUAGGUUUCUUUUUUGAAAAAUAUGUGAGUAAAAUGUACGUAUAAUUGGGUUGUUAACGCCAUACUUUCUAGCCUGAACUUUAAGGAAUUAAUAUUUGGUAACGUCGGUCGCUCACUCUACAUAAAAAUCGACAAACUGAUUGUUCUGUUGAGAAAAAAAAAAA